ACAACACACGACGUUCACUCAGCCGAGGGCGACCGAUGGUUCGCACAAGUGUCCUUUACGACUACGAAUUUUCUGCAUACCCCAGUGCAAAGUGUGUCGAUUAGAUUUUUCGCCAGAUCCAAUUUCAUUAAUUAGCGUUCAACAGAAAGAAAAUAAUGAGGACGUGAAGAGUGCUAGGUAAAAGUAUCGAAAUUAAAGGCAAAGUGUGCGAACUGGAAUUUCACCAAGGAAUCUGGGCCGCAUUCGCGACCCGAAAUUCAUCCGAGGUGGCGUGGGGCACGGCUGUAAUGGAGUUGCAGAGUUGGUUACUUUACCACCUCGUGGCUGUAACCGACUGCAACCAAGACUGAAGGUUCACCAGCACCUUUAGUUCGUUUAGUUGAUUUUCGUUCGUUUUGGAUCUUCACUGUCGGCACGGCGGCACUUUUACUUGAUUUCUCAUUCUGUUAUCAUCGGGCGGAAACGACGAUCUACCCAUGUUUGAUGUGAUGCAGUCGGCAGGCACUGGGGGUGGAGUCUGUUCAGCUGGAGGUACAGGAAGUCGUGCCCGUGAUCUGGGUCUGAGGGCUCAAAAGAAAAUUUUAGGUCGGGUCGUAUCAACCGGCGCCGGUCGUUCUCUAUUGAUAGACGAUGCCACGACGUCGCUUUUGGAUAAUCUAUACAAGCUCAUGGAAAGGGCAGCCAAGAGUAAUCCUGGUUUAGAUAAGAAGCAGCCAGAGAAGGUCCUCAAGAACAUCGUAAAAUUGUCUAUUAAGGUUGGAUUGCUGCAACGGAAUCAACAGCUAGGACCUUCGGACGAGGGAAGAAUUUCAGAAAUUCGAUCAUCCUUGAAGGCUGCAGCUAUGGCGGUGGUCUCGUUCUACGAGCUAGAAUUUAGCUUUGACAAAGCAUACCUAACCAGGUCCUUGGAGCGCUGUAGGACAGCUGUACAAGCCCUGAUAAAACCUCACCUAACCGACAAGUCCAAGGAUCGCUGUGAUCAAGUCUUCGAUUUCCUGACACAGCCCGAAUUUUUAGACUCUGUAUUCAAACAGGAUUCGGAGCACAGAACCACACUCGGAAUGCUAGUCAACGAUAUCAAUAUAGCCCUGGAUGCUGGACAUCUUUGAUUUUACGAAGGACUGGAUGCUCGUGUCUUGAGCUUGGAGUCGAGUCAUGGAAUCUGAGCAUCGAGUGAACAACUAUUUGAACGUACGGAAUUACCAAGGGAAUCAACCAUUAAUUUUUUACCUCUUAUACUCGCAUUAAUCAAUCACGCCUCGCGUUCAAACUCACAUUCUAAUGGGAGGAGUCCGGGUAUACACGUAAAAGAUUUUUCUUUACGUAUAGUCAUGACAAAUGUGUAACACGAUGACAGGCAUCGGCCAUUUACAUUCGUUAAAUCACGAUAAUCUCGUUUAUCGAGUGUGCUCACUGAUUUACGCAAUAAUAAUGGAAAUACUCCACUUAUCGUAAGAAUAUUAAUAUUCGUUAUUGCUAUGUAUUCAAUCGAGAGAACAAUACCAAUUAUUGUGAAACCAAAAAAGAAGGAAACAGGAGAGUAAGGGAAAGAAAUAUACGAGCUUUUACCACCCACUAAGUGGGCUUAGGAGUCAGGAGACGUAGCAAGUAGUAUUAUAUAAUAUUGUAAGGAAUAAGAAAAGACAAGUGUUUUAGAGUCUGCAAUUCCUGAGUGUUCCUCGCUGUCGACACGAUUUCAAUGUUCGAAGAGUUUUUCUAGUUGCAGACUUGAAUUAACCGAAACUCUCUUGCGAAACAUAUCAGUCUGCAUGUAUCAAGUGAUGUAUACUCGAUUUUUAAUAUUUUGUAUUCACGGCUACGCGCACGCACAUCUCGUACUACGCCUAUGUAUCGAUGAUAGCAUAUCUAAUGAGUAAUGUACUUUAGUCAAUGUUACGAGUAUCAGUCAUGGACCACUGCUCGAUCCUAUAACUAUAGCUACACUUAUACUCGACGAGAAAAAACCUUUUGGAGGAUCCACCCUUUUGUACGCGGUACCUAUACACCCACUUUACACCAUAAUCUAGUAAGCGAUAAUUAUUAAUGUAACUAAAUGAUUGUGUCGACGUAAGGUUAAUAAAUUAUUUAUAAAUAUCGAAA